CCUGUACCUUCUACUGCAUUGCCAAGAAAAGUUGUCGCGGAGCAUAGUUUGCUUGCGCAGUAACCCUUGUUCUAGAUGACUGCCCAGUGGUUGGCAGUUUCUUUUCGGAUGGUGCCCGAAAAGAAAACUCCCCAUGAGCUCGUGACAAGAAAUCACCUGAAUGCGUUAAAGCCAAUCCAAUCCGAUGCCUCUUCGAUGGCUACGGUACGGAUUAAGCCUUGGUGUGAAAUGUUGUUUAAUCCAGUCCGAUCCAAUCCAAUGCAUUCCGAUGCUGGUUCGCCUGCUCCGCUGGUGGGCCGGGUCCGCAGCUGAUCGUCGGUCGUCGCGAGAUCGGUAAACCGUUGCCAAGAAAAACACACAGAAGCCGAAGAAAAAAAAAAAAAAACGAGCGUGAUGAUCGUCUGCUGCUGGAACUUAACCGGCGUCGCAGCGAAGACGCGCCUAUCGGGGCGCAAACUGAGCAGCUGUCACCGAGUCCGCGCAGCCAUGGCGGCGACCCGGCGCUGAGAGCCGGCUUUUAUCGAUCGGCAGUGCUGGUCCGUCGGCGUGCCGCGAAGCUGGAUCUGAGGGGCCGACCGAAUGGUUGCGCCGCUCGCGCUCCGUCCAAGAAGAUGAAGAAACGCAAGGAACUCGACGCGCUCGUGUCGUCGCGGACUUCGGCGCUGGCGACUCGGGCGCCGGCGACCGCGUCGGCCGCAUCCUCGCACUCGGUGCAGGAAUUGCUCAAGGGCAACAACAGGGACUCGGACUCGUCGGACGUCGAGUCGUCGUACGCCGUCCUCGCUUCGUACCGCUCCGGCGGCGUCGGCACGCACGGCUGCUCUCUGGGCUGGGCCUGGCUGCCGCUGUGCCUCAUUCUGCUGGUAGGCGCCGCGGGAGCCCUCGUCUGGCUACACCUCGGCCUGCGCCAAGACUUCGACUCUCUCAGGGCGCACCUGCACAGAGUGGAUGCAGAGAACAAGCACCUGCCCGAGGCGCUACACGAGAUGCACUCGCGGCUUCAGCAGCUGGCGCAGAACCUCACCAGCACGGCCGCGGAGCUGCAAAAGACGUCCGCCCAGCUGGCCAGCCUCUCCAAGGAGGUGGCUGAUCUGAAGGCCACGACUUCCAGCCUGCAGGAGAGCGUUGCUUCGGCUCCGCAGAUCAAGGGCCUCCCAAACGCCGUCACUGAUCUCAAGCAGAACGUGGCCAACAUUGGCAGCCAGGUGUCCAGUCUGGAGCAGGGGGUGGAGGCCCUCAAGGAACAGCACACUGCCACCCAGACGAUGCAGAAGGAUCUGGAUCACCUCAAGGAAUUGGUGCAGCGGGUCACAAACGCCACCUCGUCCGAGAACCAGAGUUCGGCACACUCCUUAGACGACUUGAAGCAGAGCAUGCUCAAGUCGGCGGCAGACACGAAGCAGGCCCUGGAGCAGCGGUUGGCCACCCUGGAAGCGGACGUGCGGGGUCUGAAUAGCACCGCCGAGUCUGCCCUGGAGACACUCCAACACCAGCAGGAGCAGUUUGGGAAACUGGACAACUGCAGUCGCAACUGUUCGGACCUCUCUCCGGACAUCCUAAGCAAUGCGUUGAACCGGCUCGCAGUCCAGACGACACAUUCCGCCGGCGUCGAUUGGGUCGACGCCUUGGGGCAGGCGCAGCACCUGGCAACCCUGUACAAAGAGCUGAGUGCUCGGCUCCACGUGAACGAAUCGGCAAGCAACGAAGCGGAGGAGUUUGUUCGCAGGGCUGCUCUGUUUGUGAACGAGACUGUGCAGGAUGCUCUGACAUGGCACACCAGUUCCCCCCAGGCCCGACCUUGGACUACGUCCUCCCACGAAGCCACCACCGAGAAGUCGGCAAGUGACGCCACAUCUUCACUCGCGACUCCAAGUGCCAUAGCUGCUGGUUCGGGCGGCACAGCUUCGUCGGCCAAGGGCAAGCGGGGUCCCGCCUAACCUCCGUGGGGCGACCGCCCGCAACCUCCGCCGUCCGUGCGGCCAGCAGUCCGUCCUUUGCGGCAAAUGAAUGUCCGGAGGAGCAGCGGCGCCACCGAGGGACGCUCGCGCAGCGUUGCUCGUCGUACACCGUCCCCUUCCAUCCCUUCCAGCUCCGCCGGGUCUCCUUCGAAGACGGAGACCGCGGCGGCGCGAGUGCCGUCGCGCACCCUUCGGCAUUUAGUUUUGAGUGUGGCGCCCGGAACGUGCCCCCGACUCUCGUUAACCGCUUCCCAAGAAGUGGUCCCUCGAUUUCCGCCCGUCCAAGUCGCGGAAGUGUCGCGCCGUGCAUUCUCUCGCGCCUUUUUUUUUUUUUCCUGAACUACUUCUACGCCCAACGGCCGAGAUUGCGACGUCCGGCUUUCUGGGAUGCCAUUCGUUGCCACUUCGAAAGCGCGGGUGGUACGGGACGCGGACUGCGCCGGUGGUCGGGGCCACGUUCCGAGCUCUGUAGUUUGACAGAGAGUUUGUCGACCUCUAGGGUGCUCCGUCCUCGAAAAAUGGAAGCGCGCGAAGACGCGGCGACGGAGAACCGGCCACUCCGGACUGUUAAAAGCCGACGUCGUCCGGCGCAGUUUGCAGCCGCGCAAUGGCGUCGUCGGAACUGGACGCGAGUCGAGAUAAUCACGCCGGGGGAGCUCACUUUUAAAUGUUUGUCGUAGGCUGUCGACGCGCGAGAGAAUCGACGUCCCGGGGGCGGUACGGAAGCUCCGAAAUUCUUCUCGUAAAAUACAAGCAUAUCUCGGUUAUUAUUCGCAUGAAUUAUUACUGCUUCCUUCACCGACAUUUUGACUUUUUUUUUUUUAAUGCUCGAUAAUUAUUGAGAUAAUUUUCCCUUUCGUAUUACUCUGCAAAUAAGCAGUUCAAUGUUUCCUUGUUUGUUCGUCCCUUGCGCUUCGUAGAGUGCAACUGUCUCCUCCACUAAAUUGCGACCAUUUGUGACUGCUUGCAUAAAUGCUGUUUUUUUUUCUCAGUUAAUUUGGCUUUUAUUUUUUCUGCAGUAUGUGUGCCACAGCGCUUUUGUGAGGUCGUUGGACCUUUAGAGAAGAGAUGAAUAAAUGUUGGUGAAGAAUGUAGCAAUAAUUUAUGCGAAUGUGUUCAAUAAAUACACCCCAUUGCCUAAGAAAACAGAUCGGAGGCAUUGGUUUUCAUACCGCCACUCGCGACAUCUGUCUAAGCUCUCUAUCGUAGUGAAAAGAGACUAAAAUCUUCACAAGUGAAGGUAGUGUGCCACAGAUGUGACCGGAUGCUGCAAAAAUAAACGGUCUCACCACAGUUGAAGCGCCGACUUCUGCGGUUUUGUUGCAUGUCGUGCUACUUGUUGCAUGGGUCACUUCGCAAGACCCGUUCACUAUACAUGGCUUCAUGUUUCAUACCCUAAGAUUACUGAUUACUCCAUAGAGAUUUUGAAAAAUUAGUUGUGGAGGGGGCUAUGCUUUGGACGAGGCACAUUGGGACUGUCAAGGUUCACAUACGACCUGUGGUGCGCUUUGCAUUUGAAAUAAAGGAACAACGCCUGAAUGCCACCCAA